GGAGAGAAUAUUUUCUGCUUCUCUACCAAACCCCAAUUCUUCACUGCUUCACUCAUGUAGACAAAUUCCACAGCUUUCAAAAUAUCAAGUUGAACAAAUUUGUAGAAAGCAAAAUGAGUGAUUAUCUGUAGCAAGUCAGAGGUUGUAUUUUGUUUCCUUUUCUGUUUGUUUCCUGAGAAAGUGAGCCCCAUGGUUGGUUUCCCAAUGCUCUAUUGCACUCUUACUUUUUCUCAUCUCCUUUUCUUUCCACUUUCUGGGUUCUUUUCCAGGAAUAAAAAAAAAAAGAACAAUCCUAUUCUGGGUUUUUCACCAUGAUUUUAAAAAUGGAUUGUUUUAUCUAUUUUAGAAAGUUGCCCUUUUUUCUUGGUGGGUUCUUACUAGUUUCUGUUCUUGGUGGCAUGUUUCCUUUUGCAUGCUGUGGCACCUGUGACCUCUAAUACUGGCUUUGGCCUUCGAGUUGAAAGCUCAUUUUUCUCAUUUCAGACUAAUCUUUUCCUGCAGAAAUUGUGCUUUCAUUGUCAAAAAAAUAUGUUUCUAAGGCUUUACCUGCACUGUUUUUGAAUAGUUGCGUCCUUGUUUCAAGUGGGCUGAGGCAAGUUCUUAUUUUUAUGUGUUCUAUCUUAGAAAUUCUGGACAUUCUGAAGCUUUCUUUUUUUAAAAAAAAAUCCAACUUUUUCUACAAUUCUUUUUGGAAUUUUUCAUUGCUUAUGGCUUAAUCUUCUUUUCCUUUUCUUUUACAGCGUGGCUUGAACUGUGAUGAGAAUUUCCCUUUAUUUUGCAGCUGAUUGGAAGAUGGAAAUUGGACCACAAAGAUUAAGAAAGCUCUUAAAAGGUGAAAUGAAUGGCCGAAAUUUUGAGAGUGACCAUUUCUGGGUGAUGUUUAUUUCAUCUUGAAAUACUUGUAAGAAACAUAAAAUCACAUAUACAAAAACAGAAAAAAGUUGGCAUAUUUUCCUGUGACUCUACCUGUUAGUUGGUUGGCAACUUGGCAUGCAAUAAAUUUACAGAUUGAUAAAGGAAAAAGGAAGGAAUCAAAAGCUGUUUUCUGGGUUCUUUUGUAUUGUUUUCCUGGAAAAUUUGGAAGGAAAAUGGAAUCAGCGAAUCAGAAAUCUCUUGAGAGAGUCGUUUCCCAGAAAGCUCUGCAGAUGGGCAGUUCAUUUCCUUGCCAAAUUUGUGUGGUGGGUUUCCUCUGUGGAAUUUGUCUCACAUCGCUUUUUCUUGCUGCUCUUACUUCACUUGGUAGUUUUGAGUUUGGUGGGAUUUCUUUUGGUUCCAUUUCAACCGGGAUUUCGCCGCAGAAUUCGAGUUCACGCAUUAUCAAUAUGGUUGCUAGUACAAACUGCAAAUAUAACCUAAAAGGAACAGAGAGAUUGAUGGAAUCGAAUCAAAGUAAACCCGAGGAGGAUAGAGUUUCAUUGCUUUCUUCCACUUGGGAAGCCUUAUUGGCUGAAUCAGGAAAUGGAGAAAAAGAGUUGUUGGAGAAAUUUGGACUGGAAAUAUCUAAUGUACCACAAGCUCCUCAUUUGGAAAAUUGCAAACUAAAUGUACAGAUAAAUAAACGCCUUGAUACCCGUGUGGAGAAUUCGAGCUUCGCUCCUUGGACAAAUUGGAAGGGAUUUCUUGACUUGCAUCCAACAACCAUGAAUAAUGAACAACUUCGAUAUUACAGACAGCAAGCUAUGUCCGAGGGUGCCUAUCCUCCUUGGGUUAGUGGAUCAGACGAAGAAAAUUAUCCACUAACUAGGAAAGUGCAGCGCGAUAUAUGGAUCCAUCAGCAUCCAGUGAACUGCAGAGAUCCUAAUGUAAAAUUUCUUGUGGCUGACUGGGAAAGAUUACCUGGCUUUGGUAUCGGAGCCCAGAUUGCAGGAAUGUGUGGCCUUCUUGCUAUUGCAAUAAACGAAAAAAGAGUCCUUGUUACGAAGUACUACAAUCGUGCUGACCAUGAUGGUUGUAAAGGUUCCUCUCGCUCUAGUUGGUCUUGCUACUUCUUUCCAGAAACAUCUCAAGAAUGCCAAGACCGUGCUUUUGAGCUUAUGGGAAGUAAAGAAGCAUGGGAAAAGGGAAUUAUCAAAGGAAAAGACAGUUAUAGUUCAAAAGAAAUAUGGGCUGGACAUACUCCAAGGAAAUGGGGUGAACCUUGGAGUUAUUUGCAGCCAACAACAGAAAUAAAUGGAAGUUUGCUUGCCUCUCAUCGGAAAAUGGAUAGGAGAUGGUGGAGAGCACAGGCUGUACGCUACUUGAUGAGAUUUCCAACCGAGUACACAUGUGGCUUGUUGAACAAGGCUCGCCAUGCUGCAUUCGGAAAGGAAGCUGCCAAAAUGGUCGUGACAGGUCUUGACAGGCGGUGGCCAAAGGAAGGUGAAAACAGGGUAAGGUCAGAUAUCGAAGAAUUUGUAUGGUCAAAUCACAAACCAUGGAUUCCAAGGCCAUUGCUAAGCAUGCAUGUAAGGAUGGGAGACAAAGCUUGCGAAAUGAAGGAGGUCAUUGACAAAACAAAACAAUACCCACAUUGGAACUUUUAUUACACGAAGGUGAGACGACAAGUAGGAAACAUAACAAUGGCAACAUACGAAGCAAGUCUGGGCCGAGAGACGAGCACAAACUAUCCCCUUGUAAAUUUCUUGAUGGCAGCUGAUGCAGACUUCUUCAUCGGAGCAUUAGGUUCCACAUGGUGCUUUCUCAUAGACGGCAUGAGGAACACCGGAGGGAAGGUGAUGGCCGGAUACUUGAGUGUCAACAAGGACAGAUUCUGGUAGACUGAGGUACAUGUAGGGUAGGUACAGCAAUUGUUUUAGGACAGGAUGAGUCUCUCUGCCUAUCCUUUUUGCAAUAGCUGUGGGUGGUAUAUAUGUAUACAACCUCUGUAUAUGAUGGAUAAUGGAAUGAUAAUAAAGAUACAAGUAAUAAAUUCAUGAUAUAUGUAUA